GACAGCCAAGUUGUCCGUAUUUCAUUUUCUAACCUCUUUAAAGAAUUCAAGUCCACAGCCACAUGGUUGCAGUUCCCAUAUAUUUGUGGGGCAGCCUGUGGGUCAGUCUAUGAAACUACAGCCAAGACUUCUAAACGAGAUCUGGUGGGCCUCGCCCCCAGCAAUGUGCGAUGGACUUGCUUGAUCCUGGAUCUGCGCCACAUCCUUGGCCUCUACCUGAACAGAACCUACAGUCACCUGAAAAGCAUCAAGCUGUGCUCCAACCUGUUGGUGAAAAACCUCUUCACCAGCGAUUUGCUCUUUGACCCAGCCUUGAUCUCUUCUGAGGCUCACCAUUCCAAGAUGGCAUUGCAUGGUUUCUCUCCCAUGCCUCGGGAAAUGGCAUUUCCUGUGCCCAAAGGAGAACUAUGGCACGAUCUCUAUGAUUUCAUUCGGUUCCCUUCUGAUGGAUCCAAAAUGCCAUAUGACUCUAUUCAGAAAAGCACUUUGAAUUCCUAUUCUGCUGCCCAUUCCGAAGACAAUCCAAUCACCCUGGUUCCCAAGGAGGUGUCUCUGAGCAAGCCAGUUCGGGACCGCGUCUCUCUCAUCCAGCAAAUCACCAGUCCCAAAGAGAUGCCUCGCCAGUCUCCCCUUCUUACGAAGCACAUCCCCAAGAUUCACCCCUCAAGGUCCGAGCCUGGGUGGACAACCAGCAUUGUGGACCCGAGCCUGAGAGAAAGGUCACAGGCCAGAGCAGAUUCCCGUUUCACCCCCUCUUCGAUGGAUGAUGGCAGCAUUCAUGUUUACGCCCACAAAAAUGGAGAUGAUGCAGUCCGUGCGGUUACCAUCGACUCUGACGAGAACCUAUAUAUGCCGACAGCAGGACCAAAGACCAUCUCUGCCAAGAGUUCUGUUCCCUGCACAAAGCUGCUACCAGAUCCAAUUCUGAAGCUGAAGAAGAUUAUUGGGUUUGGGGGUUGCAGCACCAAAUGGGCAUUGUGGGCUUCCGGCAGUGCUGUAGUGGUGUACCCUUGCCACGCUCUGAUUGUAGCCACAGCAAUUGAUUCUGGCAAACAGAGGUUUUUUGCUGGCCACACCAACAAGGUAUUUCCUUCUCCUUUUCCCUUACAUUUUAACCUGAAUUCAAAUAUAGACAUUGAAAUCAUGUUUUAUAUGGAAAAUGCCUAA